UCAAAAAUACAUAUUAUUGUAGUGCUCUACGCUCUUAUAAUUCCAAAAAAUGUUAAUAUGACUGUUAUUUAUAUAGAACUCAACGAUUACACUGAUAAUCAAGAAGUGCAAAUAAAAUUACCAAAUAAUGAUACAUUGAGCAUUACAUUUAAUUUGAAAAUGUUUAGACCAAGUGACAUCUUAAAAGUUGAUAAUUUCAUGUUAUCAGAAACAACCACGAAUUCCGAAGGAACUACACCAGCGACAAUACCAAACGCAAAUACAACGACGAUUGAUUCAAUCAUGACAUCAGGAUCAACCACUUCAUCGGAAAACUCAUCGAUUAGGAUUUUAAAUAAUAAUUAUAUACAAAAUACUAAAGAGGAGAAGAGAAAAGAAGAUACAACUGAAAUACCACUUUUAAAAGCUAAGAAUACUCCAUUAGGACGACUUUCGACGCCCCCAGAGGACCUCGAAGUAAGUGAUGAAGUUGAAGGAAGUGGUAGUGGUGAAGGUGCUUAUGAGCCUCAAAAUAAAGCUUCCACAACAGUUACGUCAACAACAACUACAACGACCAGUUCUUUAGAGGAAUCAACCACUUCAACGGAAAAUGUAUCGAUCACUCAUCAGUCAAAUCCGAAGAUUUUAAGCAGUACUGAAAAAAAGAGAACAGAUGCUUUUUCAACUCGACUUUCAACGCCCCCAGAGGACCUCGAAGUAAGUGAAGAAGUGGAAGGCAGUGGAAGUCACCAAGGUAGCGGCGAUCACCAAGGAAGUGGCGAUCACUAUCAUGGAAGUGGUGAUCAUCAUCACCAUGGAAGUGGGGAUCAUAAUGGUCAUGAUCAUUAUGGUAUUGGCGAUAAUGUUGGUAUCUACGAACCACAAAUUGACGGUACCUUACAAAAUAAUGAUCACGUUAUCAACCAGAAGGAGAAUGAUUUCUAUUUUGAAAGCAGUGACUUGAACAGUAUUUUAUCUAAAAUAUUGAGGAUAUUGGAUCAUAAAAUUGUACAACUAAAAUAAUUUUAGAGCACCAAUAUUUUUAAAUGUGUUUUAAAUUAUACCAAAAUGCCUGGUAAUUACAUAACUGUUGUCCAAUUUUCG